ACAAUCCUCCUCUAUACCCUUCACACGACCUCUUGACACCAACGGACUUCCUACCACAUUCUCUGACCUUCAGACGCUCCCAUUCUCCUCACCUUUCUUUAUUCUCCACUUCACCGUCGUCGGCCUCUACCCCUCAGUAUACUCAUUCUCAUAACGCCACACAUAUCAAAAUGAGCGAGUGGGACUCUGUUACGCGCAUUGGAACCAAGCACAGGGCUGGUGGCACCCCCCGCGAGACUGUCGUUAAGGGCAAGAGCGCACUCAACGCUGCUCAACGACAAGGCUUGGUUAUCGGAACAGAAAAGAAAUACGCUGCUGGUAAUACUGCCGGCCGUGCAUCUGCCGUUGAGGGUCAGCAUCUGACUAAAGUCGACCGCAGCGACGAUAUCGUGAAGCCCAAGACCAUUGGCCAAGAAGUUGCCGACGCCAUCAAGAAGCGUCGGAACGAGGAUCCCUACAAGAUGACCCAGAAGGAACUCGCCACCAAGUGUAACACCACAGUCUCGGUCAUCCAGGACUUCGAGAGGGGUACUGCCACACCAGAUCAGAAGGUUCUCAGCGCUAUGGAGCGAGUUCUGAAUGUCAAGCUACGGGGCAAUGACAUUGGGAAGGAAAAAUUCCCCAAGAAGAAGUAAAUUCUGUCAGGGGGUGAGCCCAGUACUUUUUCUUAGGGGAAAUGGAAGGAUGAAAGAGAAAACCAAAAACCAAAUAUAAUAAAACGGGGGAGGAUCUUUUCCAUUUCUUUCAUUCUUUGCAUGUCGAGCUUUGUUCCUUGGUCAUGAAUGAUUUUUGGUCUUUGUCUUUUCGACGAUGAGUUAAAUUUGAUGAAAUUCUUCGCUGGUCGAGAAGUGUUGGCCUGGCAUCGAUACGAUUUCCUUUCUUGUUUUCUGGGAUGAUAGAGAUGAGAGCAUUGGAAAAUAAAUAAACAAAUGAAAAACUAAAUAAUAGAACUAUCGUGGGCCUGUAUGAGGUCAUCGAAAUUAACACUGUUGAUGUAUACAUUCUUAGUUUGACUAACAACUCUAUUAAG